GUCGGACGGCAAAGACGGGCAACUAACCCCGCGAGAGGCUCGAAGAGCGACGGCUCAAUCCCACCUCGAGUCUGGAAGCCGUCACGGGGAGUGGGCAGCGCAGGCUCCGUCGCCGUUUCCGAGCAUCUCUCCGGAGUCCGUCCCGUCUUCUGCCGCCAUGAAGCGCCAGUUGCCGGCUGGGCAGAGUUGCAUCAGCCGCCACCGCCUCCUGCUGCUCCUGCUCUUCCUCUCUCUGGCCGCCGCCGAACUCCGCGGGCAGCCUGUCCAGUCCAGGCGCGGUGCUCGGCUCUCGUUGCCCAGGAAACCUUGGGACUCAAACCACCAUUCUACCUGGCUUCCCAAGAGGCUAUCGAAGAAGAGUCUGUCUUGGCUGGCUCAGAAGCAGACUGGGAUGGCAGAUAGCCUGCUCCCCCUCCGAGAGCUCCUCAGGCCCAGACUGGACCCACUGCAGCUUGGCUAUGGCCCUCUGCCCCAGCCCGCACUGAUGCCAGCCCUUCGACGAAAGCGCCGUGCUGCCCAACUAAUGCGCGUGGGUUGUGCUUUGGGCACUUGCCAAGUGCAAAACCUCAGCCACCGCCUUUGGCAACUGAAGGGCCAGUUGGGACGCCAGGAUUCUUCUCCCAUCAGUCUCCAUAGUCCCCAUAGCUAUGGCUGAAGGCAGAGAGUGAUGCCAGGACCGGAAAGGCACCCGCUCCUUGCCCUGAACAUUUCCAGCAGCCCUCUCCUCCUCCUCCUUGACCUGCCAUGCCACCCACUGGUCUUCCUGCUGGACCUACAUGUAGGACGUUCUCCUGGUGGGUGGGAUGGGAUGUGGGCUUUGAAAUAAAGCCAACGUGGGGCAGGGGGUGCUGCUGGAGGGGCCUGAGCAGCAGAAGUCCCAGUUGUCACCUCAGGAGGAGCACUGGGUGCAGCUGUAUAAUGGCCUCACUUCAUCCUUCAUACUGGCAAGAGGGAGAUGAAGGUUUAGCAAUAGAUGGCAUAACUCCAUAUUAACACUGGUAGCAUCAUAAAAGGAGAACCAGCUUUGGCUUUCAGUGAAUCUCUUCCUUGCACACAUUCUUAAAACUAAUAAAACAAUCUAAGCAUGGAUUUUAUCUCUGCGUGCACCACCUCAAAGUUUGGGGCUGUAAUGUCAAACAUGAGGCAUCUCUCCCACUCGGAAUGGCUCAUGCAGGGGUGCUGCUGCUAUUGCCUAGGUAACACACGUAAGUGUGCAGCUGUGCAAGUGUGCUAUGAGAAAGGGAGACUGGUUGGCAUGCAAGGGAGGGUGUACACCUCCUCAGCCCCUGUUCCCUGGCUUUGGUGCCUCACUUGAAUUCACCAGGCUCCACACCCCCUCCCCAGUGAUAUGGAUGAGGCUUAAUGCAGGGUGCGUUUCAAACCCAGAUCUGUUCUUUGGGUCACUCAGUGUGCAGCUUUUUCUCCCAACUGCCAUGUGAAGGUAGAAUUGUGUGGAACUGCCCCAGCAAAAUAACCUCAGAUAGUGAUCUGAUUAAUGACUGGAGUCCAGUGCAGAUGAUUGUGUCUUCUAGGCACCAAAAAGCAGCUGCCGGCAGGUUUCCAUAACAAAACCCUGGGAAAAGUGGAGUGUUGAAUGUUAAUAAAAGAUGCAA